AUGCAAGCAAAUGUUGGGCCGACAAGUCCACCCACUACGGGCCGCUCCGAUAUUCCGCCCGUGAACAGAUCGAUGUCGUCCACGUGUCUACAAUCAGCCUUUAACUUCCGAGCAACUCUGGCUGGCAUAACCCUCAUCAAGUCAUCAAACUCCUUUAUAGCAGACAGCCCACAUGGUUCCCUCCAGGAUGUGUACGGAGGUACGCCGUGGUCCCUUCCCCUCUGAAUGUUAAUAGCUGCGAGAUCCAUCCCGAAAUCAAAAUGGGGAGUUUGGAACAAAUGAUUCGUUAGUUCUUCUGUGAUAAAUUCGUCACGAUUCUGUAUGGGCUGGUUCACCAUCCCCAACAGGAGACGAUCCACGGCACCCAUGCUCCAGAUAUUAGAGGGAUUUGUCAAUUCAGCGUGGAGCGAUACAUCUGAUGGAAAAAUAAAUGAAUGAACGUAAUCUAUGUUAUAUAUGUACGUCAGCUUUCAAGGGGCCCUUUUCCACUAUUUUUUUUUUUUGAGCUAUUAAACCACUAUUUAUUACUGUUGAGUUACCCGAUAUU